AUGCCACGAACUCAUAUUCGAAAAACAGAAAGAGGGAAGUAUAGUUUGGAAAUUGUACGCAAAGCUGUUCUAAUAGUAAAAAAUGGAGAAGGGUUGAGAAAAGUGGCCAAACAGUUUGAGAUAGACAAAACUACAUCAUCCCGAUAUGUUAAGAGAUUUGCAAAUAAUGAAAAUUCACCUAUGAUUGGUUUUUGGGGAAAUCGUAGAGUUUUCACAUUUGAAGAAGAAUUGAUUUUUUGUAAUUAUUUAAUUACAUCAUUUCAAGGUGCGAUAAAAGUUUUAUCACCAAAAGGACAAAAGCAAGUUGGAGCAAUUAAGGGUAGUGAGGAUCGAGGCAAACUGGUUACAUUAAGAUGUUCCAUUCAGACACCUGUGCUUCUUCUCUUGGAUAACCAUGAAUCACACUUGUCUAUAGAAGCGAUCGAUUAUGCCAUGAACAACGGAAUAGUUAUGCUCAGUUUCCCUCCUCAUUGUAGCCACAAACUACAACCUCUUGAUCGUACUGUUUACGGUCCAUUUAAAAGGUAUUACAACACUGCAUUAAAAGACUUUAUGAUUAAUAAUACUGCUCAUCGACCAGACAUUUAUGAUAUACCGGGACUGGUGGUAAAAGCAUACAAAAGUGCAAUGACGAUUGAAAACAUCACUUCCUCAUUCAAAGUUACAGGCAUUUGGCCACAUAAUUCAGAUGUUUUUGCUGAAGAAGAAUUUCUGCCAUCCAAAGUAACUGAUAGAUUCAAUGGUGCACCAGAUGAAACAUUGACGGAUUGUGAAGCUGUGAAUCCUAACAGUUUGAAUAAUUUAGAGUCUACAGAUCAAGUUUUUUCACAGCAGGAUAGUGCCUACAAACCAAGUGAAUCAUCAAAUCCCCAAUUGAAUUACACUAUUGAAACUUGCAAAAAUGUUCUUGAUGAGAUCGCUACAAUAUUUAAACCUGAAAACGUCAGGCCAUUUCCAGUUGCUCCACCUAGGAAACUGAAAGGUAAACACCCCAGGCCAGGUAAAACGAGGAUUUUAACAGAUACUCCAAUUAAAAAUGAAAUUUCUCAAAGACAAGAAAAAAGAAGACAAAAAACAGAAAAAAAGUAA